AUAGGUAUAGAUAUUCUGUAAAUAGAUGACAGAAAAUCAAAUACAGCCUCAAAAAAAAAAAAAAAAAAAAAAAAAAGGAAAAAAGAAAUUGAAAAACAGAGAGAGAGAGAGAGGGUAGCAGUCCCCAGCAAGCUGCGGAAGAAAGAAAGCCUAACCUAAGAAAAAGGAAGUAGGCAAAGGCAUCCUCCUUCCUUUACACAAAUAUCCAAUUGGAAGGCAUUUUGAUUGAUUGGUUCAGUGACCGACGUAAUAUAGUUAUCAAUUGAUAAAAGUAGUUAACUUUUUGAGAAUCUAUUCAUAUUAAUCGACUACAAUAUAUACAUACAAAUAUCAAGAGAGAGAAAGAGAGAAAGCGCGCGCGAAGAGGAAAAUGGGUUUAGAAGGGGGGAGCAGCCAGCGGAUUGCGGCGUCAUGGCUGAUCGGCGGGCUUGUAAUAGGGCUGUCUAUGCUGGGUUUCCAACGCUUUGCUUUGCCGCACAUUAAGAAGAAGAAGAGGCCAAUUAGGGUGUACAUGGACGGCUGCUUCGACAUGAUGCAUUACGGCCACUGCAAUGCCCUCCGUCAGGCCCGAGCUCUCGGCGACCAAUUGGUCGUCGGCGUUGUCAGCGAUGCCGAGAUUAUUGCCAACAAGGGCCCUCCUGUUACUCCUCUUGACGAGAGGAUGAUCAUGGUUAGUGGUGUCAAAUGGGUGGAUGAAAUUAUCCCUGAUGCUCCCUAUGCUAUAACCGAAGAGUUCAUGAGAAAGCUAUUUGAUGAGUACAACAUUGAUUACAUUAUUCAUGGGGAUGAUCCUUGCGUUCUUCCAGAUGGCACUGAUGCCUAUGCCCUUGCCAAGAAGGCUGGCCGUUAUAAACAGAUAAAGCGCACUGAGGGGGUCUCGAGCACUGAUAUUGUUGGUCGUAUGCUUCUCUGUGUGAGAGAAAGGUCAACUGGGGACAGCAAUAGCCACUCAUCUCUGCAACGACAAUUCAGCAAUGGCCGCUCAACUCUGCAACGACAAUUCAGUCAUGGUCGCAACAACAAAUCUGAAGAUGGUGUCUCUGGCAGUGGGACACGGAUAUCUCAUUUUCUACCUACCUCUCGCAGAAUUGUCCAGUUCUCGAAUGGCAAGGGGCCUGGACCUGAUGCUCGUAUAAUUUACAUAGACGGUGCAUUUGACCUUUUCCAUGCUGGACAUGUGGAGAUACUCAGGCUUGCCCGAGGGCUUGGUGAUUUUCUUCUUGUAGGCAUCCAUACCGAUCAUAAUGUUAGUGCAAAAAGAGGACAACACCGUCCAAUUAUGAAUCUUCAUGAAAGAAGCUUGAGUGUAUUGGCUUGCCGAUAUGUGGAUGAGGUUAUAAUUGGUGCCCCAAUGGAGGUGUCGAAAGAUAUGGUUACGACUUUCAAUAUCUCUUUGGUUGUGCACGGAUCUGUUUCUGAGGAUAAUGAUUAUCAGAAGGAGAAGGAGAAUCCAUACGAGGUUCCUAUCAGUAUGGGAAUUUUUAAGCUUUUGGAAAGUCCUCUGGAGAUUACAACUAGCACGAUAAUCAAGAGGAUUGUAUCAAAUCAUGAUGCAUACCAGAAACGAAACGAGAGAAAAGCUGAAAGUGAGCGAAGAUAUUAUGAAGAGAAAGCUUUUGUGACAGGAGAUUGAUUAACUCUUAGAUUCUGGAAAGUAAGAGCACAGGACCUCGGUUUACGCCACUGUGUUUUUCAUGCUGUGGUAGAUCGGUUAUAUGGGCCUAGUUUGUUUUCAGGUGCAGAAGACUUAGUGACUUGAUGCUCUUCGACAUUCUAGCCUCACAAUAAAGAGGGUCCUCUCAUUGCUGAUGUUUUCUCUACUUUUCUUUUCUUUGCUUUUUGUAGAAGCUGUAGAACAAAGCAAUAGAAUACUUUAACAUUUGAUGAAUAUCUUAGCUAUAUGCCUCGAUGUUCCUAAAUGUAGCAGAAUAGGGGGAGUUUUAAAAUUUUACUGAGUUGAUGAUUAAUUUUGAAUA